CCGACGGGCUUUCUGGCGGCCCUGGCCGGGGAAGAGGAAUUGCAUGUGUUGCUUCAGCUGGCGGUAGUGGCGGGAGCGGAGGCGGCGGGGGUUGUGCGACCGCCUGGACCUGUGGAGCUGGUUGGUGGUGCGCCCAGAAUUGGUCACAUUUUAUGGAUCCUAAUGCAGCUUGUAUCCUUCACUUAAGAACAGAAUGGAAACAUUUAGGGUUGAGGUUUGUGAGAUGGCUGCUGAUAUUUCUGAGUCCGGUGGGCAUGAUUGCAAAGGAGACUCGAAGGGCAAUACCAAGUUAGAUGCAGACUACCCACUUCGAGUCCUUUACUGUGGAGUCUGUUCAUUACCAACAGAGUACUGUGAAUAUAUGCCUGAUGUUGCUAAAUGUCGACAGUGGUUAGAGAAGAAUUUUCCAAAUGAGUUUGCAAAACUUACUGUAGAAAAUUCACCGAAACAAGAAGCUGGAAUUAGUGAGGGUCAGGGCACAGCAGGGGAAGAGGAAGAGAAGAAAAAGCAAAAAAGAGGUGGAAGGGGUCAAAUAAAGCAAAAAAAGAAGACUGUACCACAAAAAGUUACGAUAGCCAAAAUUCCUAGAGCAAAGAAGAAAUAUGUAACAAGAGUAUGUGGCCUUGCAACUUUCGAAAUUGAUCUUAAAGAAGCACAAAGAUUUUUUGCUCAAAAAUUCUCCUGUGGUGCCUCAGUAACAGGAGAGGAUGAAAUCAUCAUUCAGGGAGACUUUACAGAUGACAUAAUUGAUGUCAUUCAGGAAAAAUGGCCAGAGGUGGAUGAUGAUAGUAUCGAAGAUCUUGGAGAAGUAAAGAAGUGAUUUUGAAAAUUUGUCUCUAUUUAAUGAUCUGAACUGAGAGUUAAUAUGGCCAAAGGGAGAGAGGCCUUUUGAAAAUAUAUAUUUAUCCUACAGUAAAACUGUAGACUACCCUCACCCUUGGCAUUUUCACUGUUCUGUAUAAGGCUGCUUGUUUUUUUUAUUGCCAAAGUCUAAUAAACGGGAGACUGUCAUGCUUAUGCAUGAAAUAGAAUUUAGUCAAAUAAAAAUUUUUGGUCAUUUGGUACUGACUUUUCUCUUUCUCUUUUUAACUUUUUAUUUUUGGAAAAACACUAGAUUUUUUUGUGCAACGCUUUUCUGUUUAUUAUCUUAAAAGAAUCAUGAUUUGAUUACAUCAUGAUUUAAAGCUGAGUAAUAUUUUAAAGAAUUUGAAUUUUGAAUUUUGGCUUCAUCACCAUUAAUAACUGUCUCCUUGCUUCUUUGAUGUGAUAAUUUUGAGAUGCUUCGGCAUCUAAUAGAUUUGUGGUUGAAUUUGCUUCAUUGUUACCAACCAAGUCCACUUCGUGGUCACAUUAACUUAAUGUUGGUAGGAGUUGUUCACGCUCUUCUGGAGAUUAUUUGGUAAAGUAUAUUAAAGCCUUAAAACCAUCUGCAGUCUGACCCAGUAAGCCACUUAGUUGACAUUAUCCUAAAGAUAGAAUCAUUCUUGCUUAAAACUGUGGGUGAGGGUGUUCAUCACAAUGUUACUCAUAAAGAUAAAAAAAAUUGCAACUGAAACAAAUGAACAAUUGAGAAAUGGUUGAGGAAUGGUAGUGCACCAUAUGGUAGAAUAUUAUGCAUAUUUUUAAAAAUAUUUUUCCAAAAUACUUUGGAAACAUGUUUGGUGAUGUUAAGUGGGGAGCAGACCUCCAAUAUUACCACCACUGUUUUGAGUGGAAGGCCAUUCAGAGAUGCUACCAAGUUCUUAUUCUGGCUAUAAAUUCUGGGAGUUAAGUUCUGCUAGCAAAUUGGAAAGAAUAUACACCAAUGCGCUCUCUCUCUCUAUAUAUAUAUGUAUAUGUGUGUAUAUAUAUGUAUAUGUGUAUAUAUAUAUAUAUACAUACAUAUACAUAUAUAUAUAUGGUCUGAGAAAUAGCAGUUGAAAUGAGUCUGUCUCACAAGAGAAACUGACAGUGAAUUUUAAUGAAUGCAGUAAAUGAAUUUAAACUUUGUUUUUAUAAAGGUAUUUUAGGUGCUGCAAAUUGAAAAAGAAGACUCCGGUAUUUUAAAUUGCUAUAGACACCUUUAAGAAAUUUAGAACCCAUUGUUUAUUGCCAUGCAAAUUACAACCUUGAAUGAAUGAGUGGUUUUUUUCAAUAUUUAAAAUCUUAGAAAAAAAUGUGUAGUAAGGAUGCAAAUUAAGAAAAUGAAAUUCUUCAUUAACUGUGAAUUUUACUAAAUAUGAGUGUCUGAUGAAGCAAAUUUAUCCAUCAAGACCAUUUGGUAUGUGUUGUGUAUGUAUUCUGUUGGUGCUGGAAGAUGUCUCUGUGCCUGUAUCAACCUUGUGACUCCAUGUAAAGAUUCUCAAUGUUCACAGUUCUUGGCAAAUGCAGUUUUAAUCCAUAUAAAGCCAGCAGUGGAUGUUACUGCAGGAUAAUGGAGGAUUAAAAUUGUCCUUGUGUAUAA